CAGAUAAUAGUCCUAUUUAUGUUUUCACAUGAUAUAUUGUCCCACUUCUCUGCAUAAAAUGGUCCCCCCAACACAAACAGCAAAUACCUCUUGUCUCAAACAUUAUAGAAUAGAAUAAAACCCAUAAAUAAACCUAUUUCUUAAACCCAUUUCAACCACCACAGUAAUUGUAUAUGGCUACCCACCAAUGCCAAAAAACACUCCAUCUUAAUGUCCAAACUGCCUUGAAACCAACACGAGUUAUUGUUGUGAUGGUACCUCUCCCUGCACAAGGUCACCUUAACCAGCUUCUCCAGCUCUCAAGACUCAUCCUCUCCUACAACAUUCCCGUCCACUUCGUCGGAGCCGCCACCCACAAUCGCCAGGUGAAGCUUCGGGAUCACGGGUGGGACACACAGGUCUUCUCUAGAAUCCAUUUUCAUGACUUUGAAAUCCCUCCUUUUGCUUGCCCUCUUCCAAAUCCAAAUGCCAAGAACAAGUUUCCUUCUCAUUUGCAACCUGCUUUCCUCGCCUCAUCUAAUCUUCGAGAUCCUGUGUCCUUGCUUCUACGUUCACUUGCUAGCAAAGCAAGAAAGGUUGUUGUCAUUCAUGAUUCUUUAAUGGGGUCUGUAAUUCAAGAAGUUCGUUACAUAUCCAACGCAGAAUCGUACACUUUCCAUAGUGUAUCUGCUUUUACUAUUUUCUUGUUUCACUGGGAAAGAAUGGGGAAACAUAUUAGGCCAAAUGGUUUGAUCCCGAAAGAUGUUCCCUCUCUUGAAGGGUGUUUUACUAGUGAGUUCCUGAGUUUCAUUUACUCUCAGUAUAAGCAUCAGGAUUUCUGUUCAGGAUAUGUUUACAAUACAUGCAGAUUGAUAGAAGGUUCUUACAUGGACUUGUUAGAAAAACAACACAAAGAAACAACGGUUAAGGAAAAGAAAACGCACUGGGCUUUAGGUCCUUUCAAUCCUGUAAGUAUUACGGAGAGAACAGAUUCAGAUCAAAGACAUUCUUGCUUGGACUGGCUAGACAAACAAGCAAGAAACUCAGUUAUUUACGUCUCCUUUGGGACUACAACAACCAUGAAUAACGAACAAAUCAAGCAGCUAGCUACCGGGUUGAAGCAAAGCCAGCAAAAGUUCAUUUGGGUUCUCAGAGAUGCGGAUAAAGGAGAUGUUUUCAAUGGAGAGCAUGGACAAAGAGUUGAGUUACCAACAGGGUAUGAAGAUUCACUAAGUGGCAUGGGACUGAUAGCGAGAGAUUGGGUACCUCAAUUGGAGAUUUUGGGCCAUCCAGCAACCGGAGGGUUUAUGAGUCACUGUGGGUGGAAUUCUUGUAUGGAAAGUAUUACAAUGGGAGUGCCAAUUGCAGCUUGGCCAAUGCAUUCAGAUCAACCGAGAAACGCUGUCUUAAUAACUGAAUUCCUCAAGAUUGGUAUUUAUGUCAAAGACUGGACUUGCAGAGAUGAGAUUGUAACAUCAAAGAUGAUCGAAACUUGUGUGAAGAAGUUAAUGGCAUCAGAUGAAGGAGAUGCGGUGAGAAAGAGAGUAGCAGAAUUGGGGGGUUCCGUCCAGCGAUCAAUGGGUGAAGGUGGAGUUAGUCGGAUGGAGAUGGAUUCUUUCAUUGCUCAUAUCUCUAGUUAAGCUCACUAGAUAGCUGCUGAAUGUUCGACUGUUUAGUGUUUGUUUUUCGUUUCAUUUUUGUUUUAAUUUUUCACAAUCAGUAAAUAUUAGUGGUAGAAUAUGAUCCACAACAUCUCA